AUGGCUAAGUUCAGCACUUCUCCGUAUCAACUGGACCUUGGUGAACUGGGUUGCAUCGAAGGCCUUAAUGUGACAAAAAAAUCAUCUUCGGAUGUUCUUUGCCAUUACUUUGGAGGCAUUCCAUAUGCGCAUCCCGUAGAACGGCUCCGUGCACCUCGACCUCUUUCCCUAUCGCAUCGUUAUGGCACCAAGGAUAAGCCUGCCAAGUUCGCUGGCCAAGUUGGAAUAUGUCCUCAACCAGGCUUUCUUGGACCGCCUAACCCUGAUAUCUGGAGUGAGGAUUGCCACCAACUCAACAUCUGGAUACCUGCUGGAGAUCGACCUGCAGAAGGCUGGCCAGUGUUCUGCUAUCUGUUCGGCGGAUGGCUCCAAUUCGGGGACCCAAAUAUGGGACCGGAGGCAUUGGCAGAGCUACUGAGUGAGACCGCCUUCAAAGCUAUUGUAGUCAUGCCUGGUUACAGAGUGAAUGCCUUCGGCUUUCUUGCGGGACAAGAGCUAGAAGAUGAGGCAAGAGCUAAUGGUGAAACGUAUUCGAAUUUCGGGUUCUGGGACCAGCGCAUCGCCUUGGAGUGGGUUCACGAUCGUAUUGUAUCUUUUGGUGGCAAUAAGGACAAUAUCACCGUUGCAGGUUAUUCAGCUGGUUCAUAUUCGACCUUCCAGCAGCUUGCUUAUGAUGUGCAUCUUCCACAAAGAUCCUCUAUUAUCAAAAGAGUCUGCAUGCUCUCGAAUGGACCCGGUUUGAAGCCCCGUUCAACCGAGAGUCGUCAAAAACAAUUCGAUGAACUACUCAACUGGCUCGGCAUUCCUCUCUCGCUAAGCGCAGAGGAAAAACUUUCUCAACUGCGUAAAAUCCCAGCUCGCCAAUUGGUUGCUGUUCAGAGCAGCAUGAGACUCCAUGAGUUUCGUCCCGUGCUAGAUGGUUCUUUCAUCAGCGAAAACUUGAUCGAAAGCAUAAACGAUGGCUCGUUCGCAAAGCAGUUGAAAGACAGGGGAAUCAAGAUAUUCAAUGGAGAAGUGCGCGAUGAGCACUACCUUUAUGGAGCCUGGCGGACCCCUGACUGGAGUUACGACGCUGUCUUUGAACGUCUGGUCGCGGAUUACCCAGAGUCAAAGGUCAAGAAGCUCAUGGAACUUCGUGUACCAGACAAAAAGCUUCCCGCAUUCGCUGAGGACUGGCCUGAUCUGUUCGGGCGUCUGUAUGCCGACGUACAGGUGCACGAUCUCGAGCGUGGCUUUGCGAACCAACUUGCAAAAGGUGGAUUUACGAUUGGCAAAGACCUUCUUCGCUAUCGUAUUGAAUGGCGUGCGAAAUGCGCUGACUAUAUUGCGCCUCCAGAGUGGAAAGUCACUCACUCUACCGAUCGUGCAAUCUGGUUUUGGGGAGGUGGUAUGGGGCAAGGCCUGACUGAAGCGGAAAAGAAGGUCCUCAAAGACUUAAAUGCAGCCUUUGCACGUUUUGUGAACGGCGAAGAUGUACAAUGGAGCAAAAAAGGGACGAAGAUGAUGUAUAGGCUCAACUCUGCAGGUCAGAUGGACAUGUGGGAGGAUGAUCGGUGGGAACGAGGCCUUGAAGGCUGGGAAGCCAUGAACGGGUGA